AUGAGUACUAAUGAACUAUUAGAAAACUUAUCAACGAAACUUGGUCAAAUGCUUAUAAAUACCGAUGAUUUUAAUACGAUUAUUCGAAUUGGACAAAAUCCAAAUGUCCAAACGUUUUAUGCGCAUUCUAAUAUCUUGAGAGCAUUAUCGCCUUACUUUCAUAAAGCGUUAUCGAAGGAUUGGGUAAAGAAAGAAGGCGAAAUAUUUGUUUUUGAAAAACCGAAUGUUUCGCCAUCUUGCUUUGAGACAAUAAUUAG